AAUAACAGGAUAGUUUAUAGAGAUCUGUGAUUUAUUUUUUCUAACUAGGAUGAGUAAAUAUUAGAUAUACAUAAGUGGGUUUUAACUAGGCUAAAAUUCUACAACAGCUGCAGAACAAAUCGCAACAAAUGGCACCACAAAGGACACAAUUACACACAAAACACAGCAUAAAGGUAAAUAUUGUACCUGCUUUAAAACGCCUAAAAACCUAGAAGGCUUAACGUUAAAACCUGUCAUUUAAAACACUGAAAAUAAGCAAUAAAUACUUGUUAUCGAUGAGCAAAAUGUGCCAGACUAAAGUCUGUUGCCACAUGACUUCUGUUUGUUUACAUCUGCACCGUCGCGUCAUCGCCUUGUAAUCAAAGAUCGUCUUUGCCUACAACAGCAGAUGCUGACGCCGAUUGUAGUCGCCACGUGUGGUACCAGGAAACACAGACAGAGUGAGAACUCUACUGCCGGACAAAAUCAAACACAGCGCUGCAAAGUCCUUGAGGAACAAUGUCUCUUUUCUGCAAGUCUUUGACAACGUUGAGCAGAGGAGUAGAUGUUGUCAAAGCUUGUGUACAGCGUCACUCUUCUCUUACGUCUGAGCUGAUGGAGAACAUGGAUAAAAAAGCCACCUGGGACCGUUUCUACACCGAGAACAGCAGCUGCACGCACACCUUCAAAAACUUUGAGUGGUUCUUUGGUUUUGAGUCUGUGAGGGACUUCAUUAUGCCCCUGUUGCAGACACGGUCUCAUCCAGAUGCUCUGCUCCAGGUUCUGGACGUGGGCUGUGGCACUUCAGCUAUGGGGCCUUGUGUCUACCGACACUCUCCUCUACCAGUCCUCGUCUCUUGUGUUGACAUUUCCCCUGUAGCUGUGCGACUCAUGCAGGAGCACGUUCAAGCUCAAGCCGUUCAACCGCACAACACUUCCUCUCAGCUGGAGUUUCUUGAGCUGGACUGCACACAUCUUCUCAAACACUAUGCUUUGAGCACCGUGGACCUGAUUAUUGACAAAGGAACCAUAGAUGCCUUGCUGAGGUCAAAGGAAGGUAAAGGGAAGGCCAACCUGAUGCUGAAGCAGUGUCUGAAGGUGUUGCGGAGCUCGGGAUCUCUGCUCCAGUUCUCUGAUGAAGACCCUGAUGCCAGGCUACUGUGGCUGGAGACCGAGGCUCGGGAGGCAGGGUUGAUGGCAGCAGAUGUUGGUGUGCAGGAGGUUGGGGAGUUACGAGGGGUUAAUUACUUCUGCUAUCAAGUGACUCCUCGCUGUGUUAUAUAGCAAUAAGUGUCAACUUGUGGAUAAUGUCCAAGUAUUAGAAAUGAUGUGCAUCUAUAGUGUAAUACAUUAUAAAUUAAAGGUUCAGCCAUUGAAA